ACAGUAGUAACAUAACAUAACAUAACAGAAACAGAUUUUCAUUUUAUUUUAGAAUUUAUUAAUUUAGUAGCAGAGCCUCUAGAGGGUUAUGUUUAGGAUUUUUUAGGACUACGAGUAAGUAAUAAUUAAUUAAAUAAGUCCAAAGACAAGACAUUUAAAACAAAGACUCGUCUGACAUUUCUUUGCUUCUCCUACUUUUACUUUUAUUUAUUUUAUCUCAAGUUUUUUAGGCCUACUCAGUUUUUAUCUCAAGAUAGGCUAUGUCCAAGAAGGAACAUAAACUAAAUCUACCUUGGGUGGAGAAAUACCGUCCAAACACUCUUGAUGACUUGAUAUCACACGAAGAUAUUAUUCGAACAAUAAAUCAUUUCAUCAAAGAAGAUCAGUUGCCUCAUUUGUUAUUCUAUGGACCUCCAGGGACAGGGAAAACCAGUACCAUUUUGGCUUGUGCCAAACAGUUAUAUUCUCCUAGCCAAUUUAGUUCAAUGGUUUUGGAACUCAAUGCCUCAGACGACCGAGGUAUUGGCAUUGUGCGUGGACAGAUCCUAAACUUUGCAAGUACUAGAACUAUAUUCAAGUCCGGGUUCAAGUUGAUCAUUCUUGAUGAAGCUGAUGCAAUGACAAAUGAUGCCCAGAAUGCUCUUAGAAGAAUUAUUGAGAAGUUUACCGACAACGUAAGAUUUUGCCUGAUCUGUAACUACCUCAGCAAGAUAAUCCCAGCCCUCCAGUCUCGCUGUACAAGGUUUAGGUUUGGGCCUCUGGCUUCCGAGCAGAUCCUACCCAGGCUUGAAUAUGUGAUCAUGCAAGAAAAUGUCAGUGUAACUGAAGAUGGGAAAAAAGCCUUGAUUGAUUUAUCUCAGGGAGACAUGAGAAAGGUACUAAACAUUCUACAGAGUGCUGCAACAGCGUUCCCUAAGGUCAAUGAAGACUCAGUCUACACAUGUGUUGGUCACCCACUCAAGUCCGACAUCACAGAUAUUGUCAAGUGGCUCUUAAACAUGGAUUUUUCAUCCACUUACAAAAAGAUCCAAGACCUUAAAGUAUUAAAAGGUUUGGCUUUGCAAGACAUUUUAACCGAAGUUCACCAUUUCCUACACAGAGUGGAACUGCCUGCUGACGUCCUCUCAGAGUUGUUGGUCAAAUUAGCAGACAUUGAGUACCGCCUUACCUCUGGAACACCAGAAAAUUUGCAACUGAGUGCUUUGGUUGGAGCAUUUCAUCUUGCCCGACAACACCUAGAGAUUCCAGAAGUGGCAGCUUAGAAUCAUCAGCUAAGAUUGUAAUUCUGUUGUGAGAUAAAUAAUUACAAUUACCCUUUA